AUGCACAUCAACGACUUGCCUCAGGAGAUUCUGGCCGACAUCCUUCUUCUCGCCACCCAGGCUAACCAGGCCGAAGGCGAACGCUUCACGUACGGACUGUCCCAGGCCCCGCUGCCACUCCAGAAGACUCCUCUGCAGAAGUAUGUCCGUGGACCAGUCACCGCCGAGUCGCUGAGAUGGGACGCCACCAAUGCCAUUCGCCAGGCCUGCUCUCGAUGGCAUGAAUGGGCGCUCUCCUACAACCUCGAGCACGUCUUCAUGCGGCGCUGGCGAGGCUCGGAGCGAUGGGCCAACCUCUCCAACAACCGCCGCAAGAUGAGCUUGUACGAACUCAUCGACCGGCCUUCCGGACAGGCCGUCUAUCGAGACCCCUACGGAUCGCUCAAGGAUACCGAUCGCAUCUUCACAAGACUGCCACAGCUGACCGAGCACGUCCGACGGCUCUGGUUCAACGGCUUCUACGCUGCUGAGACGGACAGACUCAUUCUCUCCAUCGUCUCCGAGUGCCACAAUCUGCAAUUCCUUAGUGUGCCCUGGACUGUUCUACGCCGAAGUACCGCCGAAGACUGGAUCGACUUGCUGAACGUCAAUACUGGCCAUGGAUAUGCACUCCAAUCUCUCGAACUCUUGGCCGUCUGCCUACCCAAAGACCAGGCCGACGCGUUGGAGCAAGACGACACCCCGAAUGCUCUCGCCGAUCCACGAGUCGACUUCGGUGCGCUCCAGCGCUUGAAGAUCUUUGGAAACACCCUGCACAAACCCAUCUGCGACCAAGACCUGCAGCUCAUCGCCAAGACAGCUACGAACCUCGAAGCUCUGGAUUUCAGCAAUCUCAGCACCAUCUCGGUAGCAGGCAUGCUUGCACUCGUCAAAGCCUCUCAUGACACACUGCAAGUUCUCGAGCACUCCCCUCGAUCCGACGACGGCUUCUACCACCCCUACCCAGGCAACCUCCCCUCCAACGAACACAUCUGCGAACUCCUCACCUCUCUCCCCAAGAUGCGAGACCUCAGCAUCAGCAUCCCCUACAUGUGCUCCACCCUGUUCUCCAACCCCGAAGUCCAGUGGGAAGGCGAAUGUCAAGUCCGCGCCACAGACCUCUGCGGCUGCAACGACAACACCCUGCCCGGGACUUCUCGCUCCCACAAACUCCGCCACAUCCUCUCCUCCGCGCGAGAGCUCAUCCAAGCCCGUCAACGCGUCCACCAUCAACUCCGCAUCGAGAUUUUCUUCGCGGGAUGUAUCUUCGAGCCCGAGAAGAAUCUGGUCCAUGGGGAUUUCCUCCUCUCGGAGGUCCGCAGUGCCGGCUUAUGGCCCGGGAAUUCGGCACAGUUGAGUACCAAGGGACCGUACGGAACGACGGGGGUCUAUGGCAAGGAAGACGACUUCAACAAUUGGGAUGCGGUCUGGGAGGGGGAAUAUCUGCAUGCGGUGGAGAGGGGAUGGGUGGUCUUAUGA